AUGUCGUUGGCAACAUCCACUGAGCCUUCUCGGCCCAGCAGAAUCAUUGAUCUUCUCAAGAACGCUGCAGAGAGCCAUGCGGGAAAUGGUUUCUUAUACCUCGAGAAUGGGUGCAACGAACCUGCGACAAGAGUUACAUUCCCAGAAUUAUAUGCACAAGCAAAAGACAACGCUCGUCGAUUGAUCGAUGCUGGGCUUGUCACAAAAGGACAAAAGGUUGUUACGUAUUUCGAUAAUCACAAACAAAAUGUUCUGUGGUUCUGGUCUGUGACCGCAGCAGGCAAGAUGGUUGGAAGCCGGAGCGGAAUUUGUGCAGUGCUCAAUCCAGUAUCGAAUGAACCGAAGACAGCAGCUGCGCAACUUGACAACGUCAAAAACCUGUUUGGCAAUACUCCAAUACUGACAAGCCACAAAUUGUCAUCGAUACUGGCAUCUCGAAAAUUGAACGUACAAUCGAUCGAGGACAUUGAUCGUCGAAAAGCCGUUGAUUCUGGACUGCCGUCGCCGGUCGAGGAGCAAUCUGAGAGCGGUAACGAUAUUGCGGCGAUACUAUUCACCUCAGGCAGCACUGGCCACUCGAAAGCUGUGCAGUAUUCUCACGCUCAGUUGAUCGCCUCCGUGGAAGCAAAAGCGAAACAUCUCACAACACAUGGCAAGACGUUCAUGUCAUGGAUCUCCUUCGACCACUCAGCUUGCUUCUGCGAAGUGCACCUUCAAGCACUCUAUACUGGAUCUGAUCAAGUUUUCGUCCCAACAUCAGACUUAGUUCAAGAGCCAUGGCGCUUCUUCCAGGUUUUAAGCGCACAACGAAUCGGUUACACAUUCUCGCCAAACUUCUUCCUAGCAGCUGCGGUGGAAUCGUUGGCAAAGCAAGAGACAGACUCGAUAAAUCUUGAUCUCAGCGAAUUAGCGGUGAUAAUGGUUGGCGGCGAGGCCAACAGAACCAAAACACUUGCUGCAGUGGACAAUGUUCUGAAGAAGUAUGGUGCCCCCGAACAUAGCAUCAAAGCUGCGUAUGGCCUGAGUGAGACAUGCUCUGCUUGCUACUACAAUCUGGAGAGUCCUGGCUACGAUGUAGACCAGGGAAAUACCUUCGCGACCGUCGGCAAGCCUUUGCCUGGACUCGAAGCAAAAAUUGUCAGUCGCGGGGCUGAUGAUGAGAAUCCGGAUGAGGGCAUAGUCCAUCUCCGAGGAGACGUCAUCUUUAAAGGAUACUAUGGUAACGAAGAAGCAACUGCUGGCGCCUUCACCGAGGACGGCUGGAUGAGUACUGGCGACAUUGGUCGCCUCGAUCAGAAUGGAAAUCUGCAGCUGCUUGGCCGCUCGAAAGAAGUGCUGAUCUUGAACGGCAACAACUACUCUUCAUUCGAAAUCGAAUAUGCGAUCGAGACCGGCAGUAUAGCAGGGCUGGAAGUCUCUUAUACCGCAGUAUUCUCAUCAUGGUCUGAAGAGCGCAACUCUGAAGCACCUGUGAUACUAUUUAACCCAACAGAGGCCGCGAUCGGUCCUGCAAACCUCCGAGCAACUCUACAGGCCAUCGACAAAGCGGUCUUCAGCGUGUGCGCACAAAAGUCACUGCACAUCGUACCUCUGCCCAAGGCACUCCUUCCGAAGUCGACGAUUGGCAAGCUGUCUCGCGCGAAGCUUCGGCAGUCUUAUGAGAAAGGUGAUUUCGACGCCUAUAAGAUUGAUGCCACGUCACCCAGCAAUAGCCUUGUGGAGACCCAAAAGCCUACGCUAGACACAAUCUCCCCUCUACAGAAAGAGAUCGCGCAGAUAUACUCGACAGUGGUUGGAGUUCCGGCUGAAGACCUCUUGGGUCACGACGCUCUACUCUCAUCUGGCAUCAACUCGUUGGGCUUCAUGCGCCUCAAGAAGGCUCUUGAGAAAGGACUAAACAUCCACCAAGAGAUUCCGAUGCCGCUACUGAUCCGAUGUCACUCGGUAGCAGAUCUGGAGCAUGAGCUUACGUUGAUCGGCACAGUCUCGAAAGAGUACGACCCUAUAGUGCCACUGGCCUCAGAAGGUAGCAAGCAGCCACUGUUCCUCUUGCAUCCUGGCGCUGGAGAAUUCCUCUGCUGGAUGGGACUUCUGCCAUAUCUUCCCGACCGGCCCAUUUACGCUCUUCGAGCUAAAGGCCUACAUCCGGGCGAGGGCACCUUUGACGGCAUUGACGAUCUGCUCGAUUGCUACUACACAGCGAUUCGACGAACGCAACCUAAAGGUCCUUACGCCAUGUUAGGAUACUGCUUUGGUGGGCUUCUGUGCUUCGAAUUAGCUAAAAAGUUCGAAGCAGAUGGCGAGCAAGUUGUCUUCUGCGGCGGCAUCGACAAUCCGCCCAGUCUGAAGAGCACAAUUGGCCAAGUUCGCUACCGCUCACUCAUGAUUGACGUGCUGCCAGUCGUCACGGACUACACGCCAGAGCAAGCACGAGCAUUCGCAGAAGAGACUGCAGACCUUACAGACGAGCAAUUCUACGAGCUGUUAUUCACCAAAUUCUCCCCAGAGUUUAUCGAGAAUAUGGACAUCACAGUGCCCAGACUGCAAGCUUUUGGUCGUGUGGAGGACUGCAUGCGACUUAUUGCUUCACAGUACGAGCCCGCAGGCUCGGUCAGCACGACAGAUAUCUUUUGCGCAGAUCCUAUGCCUCACUUUGGUGCGACACCGGAAGUGUGGAAGCGAGACGUCUUGGGCGAGUGGCGAAAUUUCGUCAAAGAGGAGAAUGUGCGCUUCCACCACGUCGGCGGUAAUCAUAUCAGCUUGAUCAAAGAGCCGCUGAUUAAGGACUUCCAGCAGACUGUUAACGAUGCUUUGACAGUCCGAGGCAUCUAGGCGUAUGUACUGACUUUGCAAUGAUAUCCCAUUGUUUAUUUGAAGGCCUGUCGAUAUCCUUUCGCAACUUUGCUCAUGCUUUCAUCGAGCUCAAAUCUUGCUAGAGUAUUCGAAUGAUGCAACCAUUCUGAGCUUCCUGUGACCAGCGCUCAUGUAUCUCGGAUUUGGCUGGGGCGCAGAGGCAUGAUCACUGCCACCAUCCUUGAUCAUGGUCUUGACAAAUCCAGUGCCCAAAAGAGAGAGCA